AAGGCCAUGGCGCCUCCCAUAUCGGCAUGUCCCGUUCCCUGUUUUCCGACCAUCUCGUCUCUACUCUCCUUCCUCUCCUCCGUCCCGUAAGAGAAACAUGGCGUCAGGUACCUUAUACACUUAUCCGGACAACUUCCGAGCGUACAAAGUCUUGGUCGCUGCCCAGUACGGCGGAGGUAACGUGAAAGUCGCCCCCGGCUUCGUCUUCGGUACGACCAACAAGACACCCGAGUUUCUCAAGAAAUUCCCUCUGGGAAAGGUGCCUGCUUUUGAGACGUCUGACAACCAGUACCUCACGGAAAGCAAUGCCAUCGCCUAUUACGUGAGCAGUGACCAACUUAGGGGAGGAAAUGCAGUUGAAAAAGCCCAAGUUGUUCAAUGGUUGAGUUAUGCUGAUAAUGAAGUACUUCCAGUUGUCAGUACAUGGGUUUUCCCUUAUAUGGGAAUGCUUAAUUUUGACAAGAAGGUAGUAAAUGGUGCCAAAAAUGACAUGACUGAACUGCUCAACAAAUUGAACAGUUAUCUAUUAACGAAAACAUAUCUCGUCGGAGAAAGGGUUACUUUGGCUGACGUAGUGAUGGCUUGCACAUUGUUGAACGCUUACCAGCACGUCUUUGAUCCGACCUAUAGAGCUGCAUUUAAAAACGUCAACCGUUGGUUUCUCACUGUUGUAAAUCAACCUAAAGUCAAAGCUGUUCUUGGUAAUGUUAAGCUGUGUGAGAAAGAACCGGAAGUCCCCGCUGGACCGAAAGCUGAAAAGCAGGGAAAGAAGGAGAAAGAACAAAAGCCUAAAGAAGAAAAGCCAAAACAAAAAGAAGCCGCUCCCCCUGCUGAUGAUUUAGAUGAAACAGAAUUGGCCCUUCGAGCUGAGCCUAAAUCUAAGGAUCCUUUUGAACCUUAUCUACAAACAAAGAGCACUUUUGUCUUAGAUGAAUUCAAGAGAUGCUAUUCCAAUGAGGAGGUUACCGUGUCGAUUCCUUUCUUCUGGAACCAUUUUGAUAAAGAGAAUUAUUCCAUUUGGUUUGGCGAAUACAAAUACAACGAGGAACUUAAAAAAGUCUUUAUGAGCUGUAAUUUAGUAACAGGAAUGUUUCAAAGAUUAGGUAAAAUGUGCAAGCAUGCAUUUGCCUCAGUUUGUGUUUUUGGCAAGGACGAUGACAAUUCAAUCUCUGGUGUCUGGGUUUGGAGGGGUCCAGGACUGGCUUUUGAGCUUAGUCCUGAUCUCCAAGUAGAUUAUGAAUCUUACACUUGGACCAAAUUAGACCCUGAUAAUGCUGAUCACAAGGCAACAAUUGAUAACUACCUUGCCUGGACUGGUAAAGACAAACAAGGGAGACCUUUCAAUCAAGGCAAAGUUUUCAAAUAAAGAAGUUGAUCAUUGAUCUUAUUUAAUAUAUAUGUUUAAAAUA